AUGGACACGCCAAGCAAGGACGGCGCGUCUUCGGCACGUCGCCAAACAUCGCUGAUAUCGCCGACUGACGCAGGCCGCAACACCGUGGACAGCACGACCACUACUCGUCCGGGCGAUGGCUUGAGGGAGAGCUACCAGUCAACCGAUACCGUGCGGCACAGACCCGAAGGUGCUGGAUACGGAUCCAUAAACAACCCCCCCAACACACCCAGUGGCCAAAUCCCGGCCGAGUCAUCCCAAUCGCAGUCGCAAGACCACCCUCAGUCAAAAGGAACGCCUCAGCCGUCGCGGCCUGGCUUCAAACAUCCCCACAAAGUCAAGUCGUUUUCCCGGCUUCGAAAACCACCGCUGUCGAGGAGGACGUCUUCCAACACCCCGCACCGUGGUGAAAUCUUCUCUGCCGACGACGAACCCCAUGAGGUCCAGGCCGAUGCUGUCGAGCGCCAAGGAUAUUCGACUCGCCGACGGUCACAACAGGCUAGUGCUACACUCUCACGUCUGCAGCCAUAUCGAACCGGUGGCGACGGAGAAGACGACGAGGAAUCUCGCGCCGGAGGUGUUCCCACAACAACAACAGAGGAGGACGAACCAGAGCAUGGUGACGAGCUGCCUCUGGAAGAGCACGUUGACUGUGACUCUGACGGCGACAUUAGCGAGGCCGAGAGCUUUACCCUCAAAGACAGACAGCAGGCAAUUAACCAGACGCAUCCUUUUGGUAUCAGAGUCUGGAAGCCUGCGUUGUACAAGAAGGACCGCUCCAUUCAAAAGUUUGCUCAGGCAGACAUCCACUCCUCCCCCGGAGGCCGCGUGAGCAACUGGCUUCUUCUGUUUAAUCUUCUCUGGACCCUCGUGUUCGGAUGGUGGACGGCCGCCUUUGCAGCUCUUGGGGCUGUUGUCUGCUUACUUUUUGCAGCGGCCCCUAGUGGCAAAGAGUAUGGGCGGGUGCUGUGGGGUCUGGCCGGCUACCUGUUCUAUCCCUUUGGCAAGUUUGUACGUCUGGAGAAGGACGAAGCGUACUCGCACGAAGAUGGAGACGAAGGUCGAAGCAUCUCGGAGUAUGAACAGUGGCAAAGCGGCGACUUGGAGUAUGGCCGGCUCUUUUUUGGGCCAGACGGCAAUCGAUCCAUCGUCGGCCGAUCCAGGCGAAGCGUCGAUUCUGAAAACAGUGAAACGGACAGCCUGCUAGGACGAGGUCGACGAGGCAGGUCUCGCAAUAUGCCUCCUCGCAUGAAGAGACGACGACGACUCUUUGGCAGGGGCGAGUGGAACAUUGGCCGGGUCGUCUUCUUCAUCUUCUUCUACUGCCUCAUUUCACCAGUCUUGAUCGCCACCUCGGCCAUUUGCUGGUUCCUCGUGUUUUGGAUCCCCAUGGGCAAGGUCACGAUCCUCCUGUUCGAUCACCUCCGUCGACAUCCACUCGCUCUGUCGUUUGAGACUCAUGUGGGCUACAUGCGAAACCAAGACGCGCCCGACUCGUCCAUUUUGGUCUGCACCUAUCGAGCCGUUGGGUCCAAGUACUGGAAGUACACCGUUGACGGCACCAAUAUCUUCCUCAUCAACCUCAUGGCCGUCGUCUGCUUUGUGAUUUUCGACUGGGCCGUUCUCGAGGGCGUGGCUGGCGGGGCCAGUUUUAUCACGUCCCCGGCUUUUCUGUUCACGGCCAGUCUCUUGUCCAUCAUCCCACUGGCAUACUUUAUCGGCCAGGCCGUUGCCUCUAUAUCGGCCCAGUCCUCCAUGGGGCUUGGUGCGGCCAUCAAUGCCUUCUUCGCCACCGUCGUCGAAGUGUUUCUCUACUGUGUGGCUCUCAGCCAGGGCAAGGGUCAGCUCGUGGAAGGCAGCAUUGUCGGCAGCAUAUUCGCCGGUAUUCUCUUCCUGCCUGGCAUUUCCAUGUGCUUUGGCGCCCUCAAGCGCAAAACGCAGAGAUUCAAUGCCAGGUCAGCUGGUGUCACGUCCACCAUGCUGCUAUUUGCCGUUGUCGGUGCGUUCGGCCCGACGCUGUUCUAUCAAAUCUACGGGACCCAUGAUCUGAGCUGUACGGAUUGCGAGGAUUCGGGACCCGGCGGAAACGGUGCUGCGGGCAGGGGUCCCGAUUGCCGUCGAUGCUACUUCUCGCAGGCACCGGCGCUUGACGAUCGAUUUUACCUCGAGGCCGUACGGCCGUACUGCUACCUGGCUGCUUCCAUGCUGUUCUUCUCCUACCUGAUUGGUUUGUGGUUCACGCUGCGUACUCACGCCGCCGUGAUCUGGAACGCCGAGAUUGAGGAGAAGAGGCACGAAGAGCAACUCCACGCAUCGAUGCUUCGGGCCUCACAGCCUUCGGCGGCUGAAUCGACUGGCGCCGACAUUCGCGACUCCCACCUUUACAAGCGCAUUUUGGGUCAGUCGCUAAAGCAAGUCGGACUUCAGCCUCGCCCCAACGAAACGGGCCGCCAGGACGCUGCUGCCGCCAACGGCCUGGCCGCCACCCCACACGUAGUUCCUCCUAAGGGAAGCGACACGAUGCGGUCCACGGUCAAUGUGCCUGGGCUCAGCCAAGCGGACAACACCGCUCUGGCUCGGGAGGUUGCCCAGAUUGCCGCCACUGCCGCCACACUUGCGUCGAGGGAUCGGGAAAGGCUGCGAAAGCUGUGUACGGUCCCCGGCCCACAUGGCACGGUGAGAACACAUCACGCUCAGGCGGGCGAUGAAGCUACGGCUGCCGCCGAAACGGUGACCGGCCAUGCUGACGCCCACGGGGGCGGUCACGAUGCUCCCAACUGGGGUCGUGCCAAGAGUUCCAUCAUCCUCUUGGGGGCGACCAUUUUGUAUGCCGUCAUUGCGGAGAUUCUAGUGGACACGGUGGACGUCGUCUUGGAGAGUUUUUCGAUUGACCAAAAGUUUCUGGGCGUCACGCUCUUUGCGCUGGUUCCCAACACGACCGAGUUUCUGAACGCCAUAUCUUUUGCCAUGAAUGGAAACAUUGCCCUAUCCAUGGAAAUCGGCUCCGCAUACGCGUUGCAAGUGUGCUUGCUCCAGAUUCCAGCGCUCGUUCUCUACUCAGCCCUGUACCCCAACAUCCCCAGCGGCAGCGACCCGAGCUCGUAUACGUUUUCCCUGCUGUUUCCGCAGUGGGACAUGGUGACGGUGAUUCUGUGCGUCUUCCUGCUGAGCUACGUCUACGGCGAAGGGAAGAGCAAUUACUUCAAGGGCAGCAUCCUGGUGCUGACGUACUUUGUCGUGGUGACUGGGUUCUACUUUAGCGGCUUCACGUCCGAGGUGAUGGGCAUGGAGCGAUUCGACAUUAUGGGGGAGGAUGGAAAGUACAGGAGCUUCAAGACGACAGGCCGCGGGGCGAGCGGACGAGCAUAUGCAAUCUGA